AUGUUUCUGACACCAACAAGUUCAGAUCAAUCAAAUGGCUCUAAAAAUACUAAUAACAACGGCCCGGAUCUAAAUCAAGAACAGAAACCAAUAAAGAAAAAGAAAAGAUCAUUAGGAACAUUUCCUUGUCAACAUUGUGAUAAAGUUUUCAGUAGGUCAGAUCAUUUAGCGAGGCAUAAUUUAAAUCAUGAACCUAAGGAAGUUUAUGUUUGUGAUUUCCAAGUAACAACAAAUGGUGAAUCAACAAAAUGUGGUAAAACUUUUGUAAGAAAAGACUUGAAAGAAAGACACAUCAAAAGACAUUAUGAACUCAUGGAGUCUGACUCAAAUGGAGUUAUCAAAAACAAUAUUAUUACCAACAAAAGGAAAAGAAAACAGUCUUUAGUAAGCAACGACUCAAGCUCGGAAAAUAACAAUCACUCACGUUUACCACCACAACAACAACAACCACUUUAUAACAAUAAUAUACAAUAUCCACCAGUAUCAUAUCCAAAUCAACCACAAUUAUCGCCAUACAAUAAUUUAAAUUUACCAAUCCCACCGCAAAAUCAAAAUUCUCAAAAUUACGGCUCAAGUUCUUCAGUUGGAUCUUCACCAAGGUACCCAAUGGCAACUCAUAACGGUUCCUUAACAAACCAGGCAGAUUUGUCAUCUUUAUUCAAAACUUAUGGAACAACAAUACCUCAAAACGAUAUAAUAUCAUGGCUUUUCAAUGACAACCAACCAAAUCAAAAUUCACAAUCAAAACAUCAACAAUACGAUAAUUUUAGAUCGCCACCUAACAAUCAACUAGAAAAUUUGAUACCUGGAGUACCCAAUUUUCAACAAAUGCCCCAAAUUCCAUCACCUUAUGGAGGCUCUGACUUUUCGCCCUCAUAUCAUCAAACUUAUAACACCAACCUAAAUUCUAAUGUAAAACAAAAUUUAAUUCAUGAUCAUAUUGGAGUCUCGAAUAGUAACGGACUUGAUACGAAUGUUUUCCUGCAAGAGGUUAAUCCGUUAGAUGAUUUAUUUUUUACAAACUAUCAAGCUUUUACAAAUAAUAGACGACAAUUACAACCAACAAAUGAAGAAAAUGUAGCGAGUCAUCCAUAUUUAGCAUUUAAUACUACUACUUCAAACUCACCUACGACAACUAUGGAAUCUAGUGGUGAGAACAACGCCAUUGUUUCAGAUACAAUUUCAUCAGAAGAAAACAAAUUUUUACAUCAUUCUGAAAACUUCAACAAGGAGAAAAACCCUAAUUUUUUUGUGGACUCUGCCUUAAUUGAUGAUAUAUUAAUGCAAAUUAAUAUUUCAAGAUUGAGCUUACCAGAUAAUGGUCGAGAUCUAGAAAACAAAUUCUCGUAUUACUUAAAUCUGUAUUGGAGACAUUUCCAUCCAGAAUUUCCUAUAUUGCAUAAACCUUCAUUUAAUUCUAAAACAGCAAAUCCAUUAUUAUUGAUAUCAAUGAUCAUUGUGGGUGCUCAAUAUAGUUUUCCAGAAACUGCCAAACAAAGAGCUUAUAAGCAUCAAAAAUCUUAUGAAUUUAAUUUAAGUUUACAGUUGGCUAAACCUUUAAGAUUUGCUUUAUUUAUGCAUGAUGAUUUCAAAUCACCAGUCAAAGUUUGGAUUUUACAAUCAUUGAAUAUGUUGGAAUGGGUUGAGAAAAAUUUCUUGUCUCGAAGAAUGCAUGAAAGAGCUCAUUUACAUCAUGGAACAACAGUACAAUUGUUAAGAAGAAGUCCUAUCAUGGGAGGAAAUCCAGCAACAAUGCAGAAAAAAGGUGCAAGUAUUUCAUCAAGCGGUGGAGAAGAUAGUGAUGUUAAUGAAUUAGAUGAAGUUAAAAGUACUUCAUCUGAAGAACUUGAUCAUGAAUUAUUCAAUCAAUGGCUAGAAUCAGAGUCUAUGAAGAGAGCUACUUUUAUGACUUUCUACUUAGAUAUAAUUGACUAUGUCAAAUUUAGACAUAAUCCUCAAAUUUUGUUUUAUCAAUUACAAUUAUUAAAUUUACCAUGUAAUGAUGAACAUCUUUGGGAAUCAAAAGAUAUUAAUGGAUCCUUUAAAAGACUUGUAAAGAAGCAAAGAAAAAUUCAAGACAAUGCAAGUCGUAAAAAAUCUAAAACUGAAAGUUUUUUAACUUCACUUAAAAGAUUAAUAAAACAAGAUAAAACUCAAGAUUUGAAGUCUACUUCUCCUUUCAUACAAAAAAUUAUGUUGGCUGGUCUAACAUCAUUAAUGCAUCAAAUGCAACAAGUUGAAAUUCAAAAUAAUUCUUCAUUAAUUGCAACCACUACAAACUCAUCAAAUAAUAAAAUUUGGAAAGAUAUUUUAAUUAGAGCUUUUGAUCAUUGGAAUUUUGAAGUUAUGCAAGGAAAAGAUCAAAAUCAUCAUAUAAAUGACAAAAUUUCAACAUAUAGUAUAUCUCACAACAAAGUUCCAUUACCAAUUUUUUACUUAACUCAAAUUAUCGGGUUAUCAGAAAUCAAUCAUUAUGAUAUUGCUAUAUUUGGAGGAUCACCAGCAAAUCAAAGUGUAAGUGCAACAAUGAAAGAUCAUUAUAUAGUUCAACAAAAAAUGAAUAAAUUAUGGUCAUCAAACAAAAAUAAUAAGGAAAAUUUUAGAGGUAUUAUUUACUGUUAUAUAUUCUUAUGGCAAUUAUUAUUAGAUGAAAAUGGUGAUGCAUUAGAAUGGGAACCAAAUAAAGAUUAUUAUGAUAGUUCAGCUGCUGUAAGUAUCGCUGUUCUAAUACUAUGGAGUUAUUGUUUUAUAACUUGUGGUUUAGAAAGUUCAAGACAUCAAGAAAUUGAAAAUGAAAAACCUACCACGUAUGAAAAAUUAGUUCAAUUAAGUGCAGAGGAUGGUCAUCAAUAUUUGAAUCGGAUCAAACAAGAAUUUUUGACAAAUUUGAGAAAGUUAAAUUUACACAAAGAAUUUAAUAUUAACUUGUAUCAAGGUACAAAACAUCAUGAAAUUAUAAACAAGUAUUGUGAGCUUUUACCGUCAAUUUCAAAUAAACAAAAUAUAUCUGGACUUUGUUUUCUAAUCGGUACAAGACUAAUGACGAGUCAAUGGGAAGUUAUUAGAGAAAAUGCCAAACUAAUUUUAAAUUGUGGUCUUAGAUCAAUUGGUAAAAAGACAAUUUUAUGUCUAGACUUAUUUGAAAAUGAUUUUACGUAA